AAUGUAACGACAUCCAAUGUCAAUGGUUUAACCAAAAUAAACAGAAGCAGAACUGUUAAAUUAAAUAAACUAAUUAAAAUCAGAACUUUCUUUCUAAGUUAAUGCAAGUAAUAUAUAUUUUCAAAGUAUUUAUAGAUGGAAAAUUAUCUAAGGAACUUAAUGAAUGUUUAAAGCGUUUAGGAAUUACUCGGGUUGAUGUGAUUCAUCAAGAUAUUAAUCAUUAAACAGAUUUGUCUUAUUUGGCACCUUUGUUUAUUGUUUAUGAAGAUCAUAUAAAAAAUUAUGAUGUCAUACUUCAAAAAUUAAUGGAUGAUUUAGCUGCUAUGGAUGCCAGAAUAUAAAUGGUCAAUGAUGAUAAUACAUUUCUGAGAAAAUAGUUAUAGGAGAAGAAUGAAUAAUUUCUUAGAUUGUAUUAACAAGGAGGAGGUAGUGCAAAUAAUAUAAAGAAUGUUUUUAAUGAAUUAGAAAAAGAUGACUUAGAGGAAAGGAUAAGAUUAUUGAAUGAGGAAAAUAGUAUCUAUGUCAAUAAAUUAAAAUAAUAUGAAAGUCAAAUAUAGGAUCUAUAAUUAAGAAAUGAUUAGAUGUUUAGAAAUGAAUAAUAAUAUUUAAAUUAAUUAUAGGACUUAAAAUAAUUGAAUUAAAAUUUAGAAAUUGGAUCAGAUGAUUUAAAGAUUAAAUUAGAUAUACUUGAGAAUAAAUUUUAAAAUCAAACUCAAUUAGUAGCUAUUACUGAAGAAGAGAAAACAGAAUAUAUUCAAAGAUUCAGUAAAAGUGAAAAUGAAAAUAAGGUUUUAAAACAUUAGAAUUAAAACUUAAAAUAAGAAAUUGUUAAUCUUUAAAACAAGGGUUAAUUGAGUUAAACAGAAUUAUCAAAGGAAUUAGAAGAGAUGCAUAAAAAAGAAAGAGAAUUGUUUGACAAAUAAGUUCAUAAUGAGAGAGAAAUUGAUUAAUUAAGGGAUGAAAAUAGAGCAUUAAAGAGAGAAUUAGAUUAAUGUAAGAGUAAUUUAGAAUAAACAAUUAAAAUGAUGGAUAAUUAUGAAAAUAAAAUUUCAAUUUUAUUAAAAAAAGAAGAAAAUUAUAAAAUUUUAACUAAAUAAUUAAAAGAAGAAAGGGAAAAUGCUGUGAUGGAAAAAGAUAGAUAUUAAUUAAAAGAAUAAUAAUUUGAUUAGACUUUAUAGAAUUAGAUGUCAAAACAUAGAGAAGAAAUUAUAAAUAUAAAAGAAAAUUUUGAUAAAUAAUCAGAUAGUUUAAAAAAUAGAUAUAAAAUAAUUAUAGAAUAAAGAGAGGAUGAAAUUCAUAGAUUGAAUGAAGAAGCAAAUUAAAUUACUACUUUAAAUGAUAGAUUAACAAAAGAAAUAAAAAGUUUAAAAAUAGAAAUUACUCGUAUGGAAAAUGGAUUAAAAUCAGAUAUUGAAACCAAUUAUUAAUAAACUGAUGAUUUAUAAAGACAAAUUAGUGAAUUGACAGAAAAAAAUACAUUAUUAGAAUAAAAAUUAACUGAUCAAGAAGCUGAAUUUAGUUUAGCAAAAUAAUCACAUGAUUCCUAUGUUAAAACUUUAACAAAUAAUAAUGCUGAUCUAAAAUAAAAUUUAGAACAUACUAGAUCUGAAUUAACUAGUAGAACAUAAGAAUUAUCUACAUAAAAAGGCAAAAUAAAUUCAUUAACUAGAUAAUGUUAAAACUAAUUAGAGGAACUUGCAAAAACAAAAAGACAUUAUGAAUCAAGAUUAGAAUAGAUAUAAGAUGACUAUACUUAUAAAAUAAAGAAUCUUUAAUUAUAAAUGGAAGAUGCUAUUAAUAGGGAGAGAUAAAGUAGAGAAAAAUCAGUUAAAUUAUUAUAAGAUUAUGAUAAAAUUGAAGAAAAGCUUAAAGUAGAAUAUAAUUCCAGAAUUUCAGAAUUAGAAACAACAAUUAAUAAUUUAAAGAGCAUGAAUCAUCAAUUAACAUUAAAGUAAAUUUUUAUUUUAUUUUUUAGAUUAAAUGAAAUAAGAAAUGUUUCAUACAUGAACAAAGUCGAAAAUUCAACACUAAGGAAAGGAUAAAUUAAUUGA